AUGGAUAUUGGUGGCUUGACAACAGUGGUGGCCAACUCUGCCUACAUCUCUGCCCGUGGCAGCUUCGACGGCAGUGCUAACCCUUCGGUCAUCCGAGACAAGAAGUACCGCUCCCGCCUAAAGCUGCCUCACAUCACGGUUUGUGAAGGUCUGCGGGAAACCUUAGAUCUUGGCUUCAACGUCAUCUGUGUGGAGCAGCCCAUCGGCAAACGUCUCUUCCAGGAAUUUUUGGAGUCCAACAAUGAGUAUAAGGGGCCCUGCCGUCUGUGGAAGGAUGUUGAGGAAUACAACAUGGCUGAGGAUGAAGAUAGAGCCAAUAAAGCCAGAAAGAUCUUGUCUCGGUACAUGGAGCCUGAUGCCAGGUAUUGUUGUCCUUUUCUGCCAGAAAACAGCAUCACAAAGGUAAAAGAAAAACACCAAGAGGCUGGAGACGACCUCUUCACUGAGACAACGGAAAGUGUGAUGGACUUUCUCAAGGAGGUGCCCUACACUGUCUUCCUUGAGAGCAUGUAUCUGAAGAGGUUCCUGCAGUGGAAGUGGCUGGAGAUGCAGCCCAUAGGAGAAGACUGGUUCUUGGAUUUUCGUGUGUUGGGUAAAGGCGGGUUUGGGGAAGUGUCCGCCUGUCAGAUGAGAGGAACCGGGAAACUGUACGCCUGCAAGAAGCUCAACAAGAAGAGAUUGAAGAAGAGAAAAGGUUAUGAGGGGGCAAUGGUGGAGAAAAGGAUCCUGGCUCGAGUCCACAGCAGGUUCAUCGUCUCUUUGGCUUAUGCCUUCCAGUCAAAAACAGAACUGUGUCUGGUCAUGACCAUCAUGAAUGGAGGAGACCUAAGGUAUCACAUCUAUAACGUGGAUGAGAACAACCCGGGCUUUGAUGAGCCACGAGCAUGUUAUUACGCUGCACAGAUCAUCCAGGGCCUGGAGCACCUCCACCAGAAGAGGAUCAUCUACAGAGACCUCAAACCAGAGAACGUGCUGCUGGAUAAUGAAGGUAAUGUGCGAAUCUCUGACCUCGGUCUCGCUGUGGAGCUGGCCGACGAUCAGUUCAAAAUCAAGGGCUAUGCUGGAACUCCAGGUUUCAUGGCUCCAGAGCUCCUUAAAGGAGAGGAGUAUGGUUACUCUGUCGAUUAUUUCGCUCUGGGUGUCACGCUUUACGAGUUUCUAGCUGCCAAAGGACCCUUCAGGACUCGAGGAGAAAAGGUGGAAAACAAGGUGGUGAAGCAGCGGAUUCUGAACGAUCCCGUUAUGUAUCCAGAAAAGUUCAGCAAGGAGGCCCGGUCCAUCUGCGAGGGUCUGCUGUGCAAAGAGGUGGACCGGAGGCUCGACUUCAAAGACGGGUCGUGUGACGAGCUGAGGGAGCACGCCUUCUUCCGUAAGAUCAACUGGAGGAAACUGAACGCAGGGAUCCUGGCUCCUCCUUUCGUCCCAGACUCCAAGACGGUGUACGCCAAAGACCUGGACAACGUCGGGGCGUUCUCCACGGUGAAGGGCGUGGCGCUGGAGGACGCCGACCGGCAGUUCUUCGACGAGUUCGCCUCAGGGAACAUCUCCAUCCCCUGGCAGGAGGAGAUGAUAGAGACCGGGAUCUAUGGAGAGUUGAACCUGUGGGGCCCCGGGGGCGCUCUGCCCAACGACCUGCGGCGUGAGUCCAUCCUGGAGCAGCCGCCCAAGACCUCCACCUGCUCGGUGUCCUGAGAGGGGUUACCAUGGCAACAGACAGCCGCUGCUAACG